CACCGGCUCCGUGUGCUCUCUCCCCUCCUUGCGCCUUUACUCGGCCAGGUCCCCGGCCUCCGCAGAGACACCCCUGCGCGACACACUGGUUUGGGCGACUCGGGAGCUGUAAACGCCAGCAUAACUCUGUGAGUUGGAGUCGGGGGCAGGCGCCAAGACGCUGCCGUCGGAGGAGCGUGGUUGCCGUGGAGACGGCGGGGGCGGGGACCGAGCGCAGCGCGGACUAGUGACGCACAGCGCAGGCGCCCGGCAGGCGGCCGUUCAGUUGGCGCCGGGAUGGAGCGGGAGCGGUUGGUUCGCGGGGCGUUGGUGCUGCAGGCCUGCGUCCGGGGUUUCUUGGUCCGACGCCACAUCCAGAGACUGCGAGAGGAGUAUGAGGCUGUUGUACGAGAAAUCGAGGGUGAUCUGGGCACGCUUCAGUGGACUGAGGGCUGGAUUCCCAGGCCCCAGUUUCUCCCAGAGAAAGCGAAAUCCCAUCGGACCUGUAAACCCCAAGGGAGGGCACCAAACCCAGAACAGCACCGGCGGGGCCGCUUCUCACGAAACGAACCUGAGAGGGAGGCUGUCUUGGGGGAGAAGAUGCUGAAGCAGUCCAGAGAGAGCUCGGCAAGCUCAGGAAGUCUUCCCUGCAGAGGCAACAGCAGUCCCUGGCCUCGGGACGAGCACAGCAGGUCAGCCAGGAAUCCCAGCCAAGAGGAGACCAGAGACACGCCAAGGAUGGAGAACCCAGAAGCUGUAGGUCCAGGACUGCCCCACAGCCAGCCCGAGCUCCAGGAGCUCCAGCACCACCACAGCCACUUGGCCAUGGAACUGCUGUGGCUGCAACAGGCCAUCAAUAGCCGUAAGGAGUACCUAAUUCUCAAACAGACACUGGCAUCCCCGGAGGCAAGCCAGACAAGAGACAAGGCCAGCCUGUGCCCAGACCUCAGGGCCCAGACCUGUGAGAGGCCUGGGUCACAGACAAGCCCGCCACUGAAAGACAAGUCGUACAGAGACAGGACCACGGAAGGGCCAGACCAUGUGGGUAACUCCUGCUGGAGGCUGAAGUCACAACCCCACAAGUGCCUGGAAAGCCUGGCCGCUCCAGACAAAACCGCUGCUGGGGUCAAGUGCAGGGAUCCGUGUAGCAGGAGGGCUGGAGCACAGCUGCCCACACCAUCCGAUAACCAGGUCUCAGAGAACAGGCUCGCCGGAGAGCCACACCGUGGAGAACAGCCCUCGGGAGGGCCCAGCCUGCCGCUGACCAGAGUCCUGGAGGACCAGAUCCCCAAAGGCCUCGAACCCCGGGGCUGUUCUGCAAAAGCCAGGAUGCGGGUGGCCACACUCUGUGAUGACCCAGAUGUUGAGGACAAGUGCCCCAGAAAGCCAGAAUGCAAAGAGCCUGAAUGCCAAAGAGCCAGGCCACAAGAGUUGGACCUCUCAGAGGACUGUGGCGGCAUCUGGGAUGAGACCUUGGCAGAGCCUGGAGGCCAGGACCUCUGGAAGACUAAACCACCCAAGGGCCAGAUCCCUAGUGAGAAAAGCUCCAGAGGUAGAACCUCCAGUGAACCUAGCCAUGAACAGUGGAACAACCAGAGAGCUGUAUCCUGGCGAUCGAGGCCACCUAAGAAACUCUCUUUGACAGAGUCUGCCCACACAGAAGAGGACCACAGGAAGGAUAAGUCAUGGAAAACAGGACCCCCAGGCUAGACUCUGGGGAGCCAGCGCCUCACCCUUGCUCCCUGGUACUAGCUCUACCUCCUGCCCUUGGCCGUUGGUGGCUCAUGGGGCCAAGAGAAGCUGGAGCAAAGAGCUGGGCGCCGGUAUAGGGAGGGGAGGGAGGAGGACACUCUUCCAUCCUCUGCCUGUGGCUUACUCCAAAUUUGGGGCCAGGCAAUUACCUGGGGUAAGUAAAGUGGGGAGCCUG